AUGCGCGAAACCAUGUUCGCACAGAGUAUGAGCUUCCCAUGCUACAUCAUGGCCAUGGCCAUGACCAUCCUGUUGCUGCCUUAUCUGGCAGAUGCUCAAACCUUCACCUCGUGCAACCCCACAAAGGCUACUUGCCCCAAGGAUCCUGCCUUUGGCACCUCAGCUACAUUUGAUCUCACCAAGUCGCUCCCUAGCAGAUGGAAGUCUAUUGGAACGGUGACCCAAGACCAAGACGGCAUGGCGUUGACCGUUGCCAAGAAGCUCGACGGCCCUGUCAUCCAGUCCGACUUCUACAUCAUGUUCGGCCGAGUGGAAUUCACCAUCAAAGCUGCACCGGGGACUGGGAUAGUCAGCAGUGCAGUCCUUCAGUCAGAUUCUCUGGAUGAGAUUGACUGGGAGUGGCUUGGUGGGGACAACGCUCAAGUUCAGACGAACUACUUUGGAAAAGGCGAUACCACCACCUAUGACCGUGGUGCCUUCCACCCAGAUCCCGGGAACCAUGAUGCCUUCAAGACGUACACGAUCGAUUGGGAUAGCAAUCGGAUUCUCUGGCAGAUCGAUGGCAAUACGGUUCGUACAUUGGAGCAAAAGAACGCCCACGGACAGUAUCCGCAGACACCCUGUUUCAUCAAGGUUGGCCCUUGGGCUGCGGGAGACCCUUCGAAUGCCCAGGGAACAAUUGAAUGGGCUGGUGGCCAAGUCGACUAUUCUGAAGGACCUUUCACUAUGCACGUGAAAUCGAUCAAGGUCACAGACUACUCAACUGGCUCUGCCUACGAGUAUACGGAUAAAUCUGGCUCAUGGAAAUCCAUCAAAGCGAUUGAUGGAAGUGUCAAGGGCGACAGCUCGGGGGCUGCGACAACAUCCCAGGCUUCUUCUACAGUCCUUUCUGCAACAACUCUAUCGGCCAUUUCCAAGGUCCCCGUCACGGCCUCGCUCACUUCCUCAGUCCUGGGAACCUCGCCUACGACCACCCCAAUGCACAACAAUAGCACCACCUCGAACCCUACAUCCAAUGCUGGGUCAUCAUCCUCACCAUCCUCGAACCAACCACCGCUAGCCACCGGCGCAGCAAGCAAGAGCUCACUGAACAGAUACCUCACCGUUCUGUUCCUGCUAGCAGCCCCCUUUGCAAUCUGA